AUGACUGGGGAUGCCUCUCCAACGAAAGCGUUCCGAUACCAAGAAACUCUGGUAAGGCCCAGAGCAGCAACUCAGUUACAGAGGAGCGUGAGGAGGAGUGGAGGAAUGGAGAGCUCAGAGAGCAAGACAGAGGAUCCCAGCUGGAAGCCAGCUUUGUGGGGGGGCACACCGCAGUACGACUAUGUCUGCUUUGAGAAAUGCACCCGGUACGGGAUUCCCCUGGAGGCAGGACACGAGGCCGGGCCCACAGGGGACGACCUGCGCUCCCCGGAGAACUCCCUCAGCUACCCACAGCUGUAUGGCCGAUACACAGACCGGAUAACAGAUAACAUUUCAGACAAGGAAGCAGCAAAGCUACUGAAGAAACAGGCCCAAAGGAACAAUGGAAGACCCCUGAAACGUGACAGUCAAGUACAGAUCAAAGAAGAGCACUAUUCCAAAUGUCAAGACUGUGCUAAGCGCAUCCAGAAAUAUGUCACCAAGAAGCUUGGAGAGGACUGGAUUUUCUUGGUUCUGUUGGGUCUGGUCAUGGCGUUGGUGAGCUGGGGAGUGGAUUAUGCCAGUGCAAAGACCGUACAGGCCUACAAGUGGAUUUAUGGAGCACUGCACCCCAAUGUCCCCCUGCAGUAUGCUGUGUGGGUGGCUGUCCCGCUCGGCCUGAUCCUGUUUGCAGCCAGCUUCUGCCACUUCGUGUCUCCACAGGCUGUUGGGUCUGGGAUCCCAGAGCUCAAGACCAUUAUGAGGGGAGUGGUCCUCAAGGAGUAUCUCACUCUCAAAGCUUUUGUGGCCAAAGUUGUGGCCCUCACAGCUGGGCUUGGAAGUGGCAUGCCUGUGGGGAAAGAGGGUCCUUUUGUACAUAUUGCCAGUAUCUGUGCUGUGGUACUCAGCAAGUUCAUGUCGAUCUUCUGUGGGGUGUAUGAGCAGCCCUAUUAUUACACGGAUGUCCUGACUGUGGGGUGUGCUGUGGGUGUUGGCUGCUGCUUUGGGACACCACUUGGAGGAGUUCUUUUCAGCAUCGAGGUCACCUCCACCUACUUUGCUGUGCGCAAUUAUUGGAGAGGCUUCUUUGCAGCCACCUUUAGUGCCUUCAUGUUCCGAGUCCUGGCUGUCUGGAACAAGGAUGCAGUUACCAUCACAGCCCUGUUCAGAACAAACUUCCGCAUGGAUUUCCCCUUUGACCUGCAAGAGCUGCCAGCAUUUGCUAUAAUAGGCAUAUGUUCUGGAUUCCUUGGAGCCUUUUUUGUUUAUCUCAAUCGCCAAGUGGUCCUGGGCAUCCGACGUCAUAAAGCCCUGAGCCAAUUUCUCACCAAAUACCGACUGAUAUACCCUGCGGUUAUAACCUUCUGUAUAGCGUCUGUGACGUUUCCUCACGGAUUUGGGCAGUUCAUGGCGGGAGAGUUGAUGCCACGGGAAGCCAUCAGCACUCUCUUUGAUAACUAUACCUGGAUCAAACACUCUGGGGACACCCAGAUCCUAGGGAAAUCUGCUGCCUGGAUCCAUCCUAAAGUCAGCGUCUUUGUCACCAUCCUGCUCUUCUUCCUCGUGAAGUUCUGCAUGGCUGUUAUUGCCACCACGAUGCCAAUCCCCUGUGGAGGCUUCAUGCCUGUUUUCGUAUUAGGUGCUGCAUUUGGACGUCUCAUUGGGGAAAUCAUGGCAUCGCUUUUUCCCAACGGGAUCCUCUUUGACGACAUUCUCUACCAAAUCUUACCUGGAGGGUAUGCUGUCAUUGGUGCAGCAGCUUUGACAGGAGCGGUGAGUCACACUGUCUCCACUGCUGUCAUCUGCUUCGAGCUGACGGGUCAGAUCUCUCACAUCCUGCCCAUGAUGGUGGCUGUCAUCCUUGCCAACAUGGUGGCCCAGAGUUUGCAGCCCAGCCUCUACGAUAGCAUCAUCCAGGUGAAGAAGUUGCCCUACCUGCCAGACCUGGGCUGGAAUCACAUAAGCAAAUACAAUAUCUUUGUUGAGGAUAUUAUGGUCCAAGAUGUGAAAUUUGUUUCCUCCAACUGUAAAUACCGAGACUUGCAAGAGGUACUCCAAAGCACCACAGUGAAAUCUUUGCCUUUGGUGGACUCACCAGAGUCCAUGAUCCUGCUGGGGUCCGUGGAGCGGUCGGAGCUGCAGGCUCUCCUCCAGGCACACAUCAGCCCAGAGCGGCGGCGGCUCCUCAACAGAGAAAGGCAGCAGAAGCUGAACGAGGCACCCUACGGUGGACCCUGGGCAAACCUGCCCAAGCUGAAGCACGAAUCUUUUGCUUAUGUCGAUGAGGAUGAGGAUGCAGAGAAGGGAGAGCUGCCUCGGCCUCCAAGUCCCACUCCCAGUUACCCAGAGGAGCCAAAUGGCCCAACAAGUCCUCUUAAACAAAUGCCUGAGACCUUGGAGCCCCAGCAGCAUCCAGGCAGUUUCAGGAGUCUGAGGAAACUGAUCCAGCAGCUCUUGUGCCAUUGCAGCCGUCCACAGGAAACAGAGAGCACCAUCCAGGAGCCAGUGGAAGUCAUUGAGACAAUGACACCAGAAGAGAUAGAUGCCUGGGAACAGGAGGAGCUGGACAAGAACGUGUGCUUUGACAGCUGCCGCGUAGAUCCCUCCCCUUUCCAACUGGUGGAGAGAACCUCCCUGCACAAGACACACACACUGUUCUCACUGUUGGGCCUCAGCCAUGCCUACGUAACCAGCAUGGGGAAGCUGAGGGGAGUGCUGGCUUUGGAAGAGCUCCAGAAGGCAAUAGAGGGUUCCACCCGCUCUGGGGUCCGUCUCCGACCUCCCCUUGCCAGUUUCCGUGACAUCAGCCGGACUUCCAUCACCACCAAGGCCGGGCAGGGCGCGCAGGCGUGGGGCCGGGAGGACAACGGCACGGUGGCAGCAGAGGAGGCAGCAAACCUGGGCACUGAGAGCCCUCUGCCCCCCUGCUCACACUCCCCCCAGCCCUCACACUCACAGGAAGAGGGGGAAGUCCCCAGCUCCGCUUAUGCCACGGAUACCGAGUUGGAAGAGAUGGAGCUGACAGGGCGAGUUGCUGAAAACAUCUCAGACAUCCUCAAAGACAUAAACUUACGUACCACUGACCUGGAUGAAGAUGAUGAUGAGGAUGAGGAUGUUCCCUUAUAG